UGCACUAGGUGUACGUAUGCACAUGUCAGCCUGUGUUUGUGUGUGUGUUUGUGUGUGUGUGUGUGUCUGGCCAGAAGGGCCCUGUCACCCUGAGUGGAGUGCGAGGUGAAAUGACAGAUUUGGAUCAGCGGGGGAGACCGGCCACUGCAACUGUGCCACGGUUAAAUAAUGCAGCAGAUCUAAUUCACACACCUGAAUAUUGGAGACAGCCAGUGUGUUUCUAGGGAACGUUUUUCUUGUGACACAGUCUGUGUCUGAGGACUUCAGGCCAGACACCCAGCAGAGACAGCAGCCCUUCAGACAGUCUGGAGGUCAGUCAGGGAGAGACGACGAGCUGACGGAGAGACCUUUAACAACGUGCUGGUUACUGCUUACUCCGGAGGUGAUAUCACACAGAAGGGCUAUGAGAAGAAGCGGUCUAAGCUGAUUGGAGCCUUCUUCCCACAAGCACCAGGAAUGGAUCCGUCCAUGGGCCAGGAGAGGAGAACCCCGGUCACGCCGUCCUCAUCCUCCCGCUACCACCGCCGGCGGUCUUCUGGCUCCAGAGACGAACGUUACCGAUCAGAUGUGCACACAGAGGCAGUGCAGGCGGCCCUGGCUAAGCACAAAGAGAGGAAGAUGGCGGUGCCGAUGCCUUCAAAGCGGCGGUCGCUGGUGGUCCAGACCUCAAUGGAUGCCUACACACCACCAGAUACCUCUUCAGGCUCAGAGGGCGAGGGUCAGGGCGACGGCGAUGAAGAGGAGGGAGGUGACGGCGAAGAAGAGGACGGAGGAGGCGGCGGAGGAACCUCGUCCAGCCGGGAGGGGAGCAUCACCAUGGAGCACUGGAUAAGCAGGGCCAUCCACGGCACCUCCUCCACCACCACUACCACCUCCUCCACGGCCUCCUCUUCCUCUUCCUCCACACGUAGCGGGGGAAGCGAGGCAGCCGGCGGCAGGCUGGCUGACGUCCUGGCCCAACACGUCCACAUCUCCGCCCAUCACCACCUCCGCCACCACCACCGUCAUCACCACCACCACAAAACAGGCCGUUUAACCCACCUCUCCUUGAGGAGGAGGAGGAGGGCAGUGCCAUCUGGUAUGGUAGAGAAUGGAAACUCUGGGCCCCGGCGCUCCGAGAACCACUCUGCCCCUCCAGAUGUCACCGGCUACACCAAUAACGCCGCCAACACGACCGCCACCGACGGGAUCCAGGUGGAGAGAGCCCCGGGCGCCAGCACCGCGGCCCAGAGACAGACGCCCAAGUACGGCAACGCCGAGCUGAUGGAGACCGGAGACGGUGUUCCAGUCAGCAGCAGAGUUUCAGCCAAAAUUCAGCAACUCGUCAACACUCUGAAGAGACCCAAGCGGCCGCCGUUAAGAGAGUUCUUUGUCGACGACUUCGAGGAGCUCCUGGAGGUCCAGCAGCCAGACCCCAACCAGCCCAAGGCGGAGGGGGCCCAGAUGGUGGCCAUGCGGGGUGACCAGCUGGGCGUGGUAACCAAUUGGCCUCCGUCUCUGGAGGCGGCCCUGCAGAGGUGGGGCACCAUUUCUCCAAAGGCCCCGUGUCUCACCACCAUGGACACCAACGGCAAGCCGCUCUAUGUGCUCACCUAUGGAAAAUUGUGGUCCAGAAGUGUGAAGGUGGCUUACAACCUGCUGCACAAACUGGGAACCAAACAGGAACCACUCGUCAGACCUGGAGACCGGGUGGCAUUGGUUUUCCCAAACAACGACCCUGCUGCCUUCAUGACAGCUUUUUACGGCUGCCUGCUGGCCGAAGUCGUCCCUGUGCCAAUAGAAGUACCACUGACCAGGAAGGACGCCGGCAGUCAGCAGAUCGGGUUUCUGUUGGGGAGCUGUGGAGUGACGGUGGCUCUGACCAGCGACGCCUGCCAUAAAGGGUUACCCAAGAGUCCCACUGGAGAGAUCCCACAGUUCAAAGGCUGGCCCAAGGUGCUGUGGUUUGUCACAGAGUCCAAACACCUCUCCAAACCUCCCCGAGACUGGUUCCCACAUAUCAAGGACGCCAACCAGGACACUGCCUACAUCGAGUAUAAGACCUGUAAGGACGGCAGCGUCCUCGGUGUGACGGUGAUGAGGAUAGCCAUGCUCACACACUGCCAGGCCCUCACACAGUCCUGCUCAUACACAGAAGCUGAGACCAUAGUGAAUGUAUUAGACUUCAAGAAGGAUGUAGGACUGUGGCACGCUGUCCUGACUAGUGUAAUGAAUAUGAUGCAUGUCAUCAGUAUUCCCUACGCCCUCAUGAAGGUCAACCCUCUGUCAUGGAUCCAAAAAGUCUGCCAGUACAAAGCUAAGGUGGCGUGUGUGAAGUCGCGGGAUAUGCACUGGGCUCUGGUGGCCCACCGGGACCAGCGAGAUGUCAACCUGACCUCCCUGCGCAUGCUGGUGGUGGCUGACGGUUCAAAUCCCUGGUCGAUCUCAUCCUGCGACGCCUUCCUCAACGUCUUCCAGUCUAAAGGUUUGAAGCCGGAGGUCAUAUGUCCCUGUGCCAGCUCCCCCGAGGCUCUGACUGUAGCUAUAAGGAGGCCUGUGGAGGAGGGCAGCACCCCUCCUGGUCGCGGCGUGUUGUCCAUGCAGGGCCUGAGUCAUGGCGUGAUCCGGGUCGACUCAGAGGAGAAGCUGUCGGUCCUCACGCUGCAGGAUGUCGGCUCCGUCAUGCCCGGAGCUAUGAUGUGUGCGGUGAAGCUUGAAGGUGUUCCUCAGCUCUGUAAAACUGAUGAGAUUGGAGAGUUGUGCGUUUGUACUGUUGCCACGGGAACCUCCUACUACGGUCUGGCCGGCAUGACCAAGAACACCUUCGAGGUUAUCCCCACGUCCAACAACGGGGCUCCCAUCAGUGAGUUUCCCUUCACCAGGACUGGCCUGCUGGGAUUCAUCGGCCCUGCAGGUCUGAUCUUCGUGGCGGGGAAGAUGGACGGUCUGAUGGUGGUCGGGGGGCGUCGGCACAACGCUGACGACAUCGUCGCCACGGCGCUCGCUGUGGAGCCCAUGAAGUUUGUUUACAGGGGCAGGAUAGCGGUGUUCUCCAUCACAGUGCUUCAUGAUGAGAGGAUCGUGGUCGUGGCAGAGCAGCGGCCAGACUCCACUGAGGAAGACAGCUUCCAGUGGAUGAGCCGAGUUCUGCAGGCGAUAGACGGUAUCCAUCAGGUCGGGGUGUACUGCCUGGCUCUGGUGCCCUCCAACACUCUGCCCAAGACUCCCCUGGGUGGCAUCCACCUGUCAGAGACCAAGCAGCUCUUCUUGGAGGGGGCGCUGCACCCCUGCAACGUGCUCAUGUGUCCGCACACCUGCGUCACCAACCUGCCCAAACCCCGGCAGAAACAGCCAGAGAUCGGUCCUGCGUCUGUGAUGGUCGGGAAUCUGGUGUCGGGGAAGAGGAUCGCUCAGGCCAGCGGCAGGGAUCUGGGACAGAUUGAAGACAAUGACCAGGCAAGGAAGUUCCUCUUCCUGUCAGAGGUUUUACAGUGGAGAGCCCAGACCACUCCAGACCACGUCCUGUACACACUGCUCAACUCCAGGGGUACGAUAGCCAGCUCUCUGACUUGUGUUCAGUUGCAUAAGAGGGCAGAGAAGAUCGCCGGCAUGCUGGCUGAACGGGGCCACCUACAGGACGGAGACCACGUCGCGCUGGUCUACCCUCCAGGUAUCGACCUCAUUGUGGCGUUUUACGGCUGCCUUUACGCGGGUUGCGUGCCGAUCACGGUGCGACCGCCUCACCCACAGAACAUCGCCACCACUCUGCCCACCGUCAAGAUGAUCGUGGAGGUGAGCCGGUCGGUGUGUGUGAUGACCACACAGCUAAUCUGUAAACUGCUGAGGUCGAAAGAAGCCUCGGCUGCCGUGGACGUCCGGACCUGGCCCCCCGUGCUGGACACAGACGAUUUGCCAAAGAAGAAACCUCCUUUGCUGUAUAAACCGUCCAACCCCGACACCCUGGCCUACCUGGACUUCAGUGUCUCCACCACAGGCAUGCUCGCUGGAGUCAAGAUGUCUCACACAGCCACCAGUGCCUUCUGCCGCUCCAUCAAGCUGCAGUGUGAGCUUUACCCGUCCAGAGAGGUCGCCAUCUGCCUGGACCCGUACUGCGGCCUGGGCUUCGUCCUCUGGUGCCUUUGCAGUGUGUACUCAGGUCACCAGUCCAUCCUGAUCCCUCCGUCCGAGCUGGAGGUGAACCCGGCUCUCUGGCUGUCGGCCGUCAGUCAGUAUAAAGUCCGAGACACUUUCUGCUCCUACAGCGUCAUGGAGCUCUGCACCAAAGGCCUCGGCCUGCAGACCGACUCUCUGAAGUCUCGAGGGUUGGACUUGUCUCGGGUGAGGACCUGUGUGGUUGUAGCGGAGGAGCGUCCCAGGACAGCCCUGACACAGUCCUUCUCCAAACUUUUCAAGGACCUGGGACUCCACCCUCGAGCCGUCAGCACCUCCUUCGGCUGCAGGGUCAACCUGGCAAUCUGCCUGCAGCCUCACAGGCUGGGAAAGCUUGCCGACCAGGGCACCUCAGGACCCGACCCCACAACGGUGUACGUUGAUAUGAGAGCGCUACGGCAUGACAGGGUCAGACUAGUGGAGAGGGGGUCACCACACAGCCUGCCGCUGAUGGAGUCUGGGAAGAUCCUGCCGGGGGUCCGAAUCAUCAUCGCCAACCCAGAGACCAAGGGACCAAUGGGAGAGUCACAUCUGGGCGAGAUCUGGGUGCACAGCGGCCACAACGCCAGCGGAUACUUCACCGUCUACGGAGACGAGGCGCUGCAGUCGGACCAUUUCAACUCCAGACUCAGCUUCGGAGACACGCAAACCGUCUGGGCUCGAACCGGAUACCUGGGCUUCCUCCGCAGGACCGAACUGACCGACGCCAGCGGAGAGCGUCAUGACGCCCUGUACGUGGUCGGUGCUCUGGAAGAAGCCAUGGAGCUGAGAGGGAUGCGUUACCACCCCAUCGACAUCGAGACCUCCGUCAUCAGGACGCACAAGAGCAUCACAGAGUGCGCGGUGUUCACGUGGACCAACCUGCUGGUGGUGGUGGUGGAGCUGGACGGCUCGGAGCAGGAGGCCCUGGACCUGGUCCCCCUGGUCACCAACGUGGUGCUGGAGGAGCACUACUUGAUCGUGGGCGUGGUGGUGGUGGUCGACAUCGGCGUCAUCCCCAUCAACUCCCGCGGCGAGAAGCAGCGCAUGCACCUGCGCGACGGCUUCCUGGCCGACCAGUUGGACCCCAUCUAUGUGGCCUACAACAUGUAGCGCCCCCUAGUGGCCGAUAUGGAGGUGGAUGAAGGAUUAGUUAGGAAGAAGCAAAGAUGGUCUGCUCCUGAGACUGAAAAGAAUAAAACCGGAGUCAGAGGCUGAGUUUGUGGCACGAGGGGAAAAGGUAGUUGACUUUUUUGCCCGGAAUUUCGUCUCUCAGGCAGCGCUUACUCACAGGCUCUGUACUGCUGCCAACUAGCUCUCAGAAUAAAGCGGUUAUGGUUAGGUUAUUAGCGUUCAGGCCAAUGAGGCGAGAUUUGUACUCAGCCUGAGAGGAAGUGCAGCCGCCCCCAUCAAGAGCAAGAAAGUCCCCCAAGCGUGCGGCCCGGAGGCGGUAGAGGACAAUCGUUAACGUAGCAAAGAUUCGUGCUUUUAAAUUGCGUGUGGCUCACUCUGUUUUCCUGUCGAGUAUUUGCUGAAGUCGCUUGUUUUUUUGUUUUGUUUUUUUAACAUGUCCUCGAAAAAGUUUAGGCUAUUUUUUGAAAAGGAUAUUUACACAAAAACAAAACAAACUGUGGCAAAAAUGAUAUUUUACGAUAUCAACCAUUACAAAGAGCGAGAUAUGUUUUGAUACGAGGGUGGGGUCUGAGGGGGGGCGAAUCGCAGCUGUCCUUCAAUUUUACGAUGAGGUACUACACGUCUGUUUAAUGUUAGCUUGUUGGGGUUUUUUGUAAGCGUUAAGUGUUACAUUUGUUUGUUUUUUCAACAUUAAUUUCUGAUCCGUCCGUCCCAUCUCAGCGGGAUAUCAGUGUGCUAACGUUCAUAAACUAACAGCUGCAGCCUUUAACUCUGUUUAUUUUUCCGUACAAACUUUGCUUCGACUGAAGCAAAACACAUAAAUUCAUAUCAUGUAAGUAUGUACAAAAAGAAACUGAUUUAAUUUAUUUUGUUUCUCUUUUAGAAGUAUAUGACGAGACGUUCAAGAAUGUUUUGCUCUUGAAUAUUUGCUAAUAUAAAAAAAACAAAAAAGCAUUGUAUUAUCUUGAGUGAAACACACUCCAUCAAGCAUAUUAUGGAAAAUAGAAAUAUAUGAUUAUAGAUUAUAUUAAAAGAUGAGCAAAGGAUUCACACCAGACAGAAGCAGUUUGACACACGAUGCUUUUUAUCUGCAUGCUGGUCUGAGAUGUUUCAGUCAGUCAAAUGGAAAAUUAUAAGUGAAGCUUUGAGUUUUAUUCCAGCUUCCAUCUGAAGAGUUCUGAACCAAAACGUCCAGUUUGGAGGAAAAAGGUCAAAACCUUUACAGACUUAAUCAGUUUAACAGUCAUUAACGUAAGCCAUUCCUUAAAAUUUGUGCACUCAAUAUUUUUUCAAAGUGAGUAAUUUAUGGGCAGCAGUUAGACUUCGCCUCAUUGAAGCAAAAUUUUUUGUAGUUCAUAAAAUCUAUAAUAUGAACGUUUUUACAGUAAAACAAUCUUUCUUCCGGUGUUUUAAGUGAUGUCAAAGAUAUCAUUUGUUCAAAAUAACCUAUUUUCAUUGGCCUUUAUUGUAUAUUUUCAUUAACUAACUUUUCCAACUCAGCCAAGUGUAAAAGUUUUAUGUGAUAAUUUGGCUUUUUUUUUUUAAAAAAAACACUUCUGUUUAGACUUUGACCGUCAGCCCACUAAAUAAUGCUGCGUAUUACAAAGACAAAACUCUAGAUUUGAUGAAGUCUAUAUUAAUACAACACGAUAUGUACGCUGAAGGAGUUAUGGGUCACCCUAAUCAUUUCUCCUGUCUCUGGUCCCUUCGUAGGGCAACGACACUUUAAGAAAUUGGGGGCAGAAUCCACAGUCCUUGUUCGGAAGUUCAGCUGAAGGUAAUAUGAAACCUCAGCAGGCUGAGUCAAUCGAAUCCUGUGGGCAUCUUUGUCCUGGUAGUAAUUUAUGGGUUCAUUUACGGUAUCCUGUCCCAGCAACAAACCUACAUGCGAGGACUGUAGAUUUGAUCCCCCAUCUCUUACACUGACGUCAUGUUAGGAACUGAUCUCUUCACAGCCAGUAUGGACAGGAGGAAUGAUUACAGCGACCAAUAACUGUUUGAACAUGCAAGAGGCAUCUGAGUAAUGUUUUAAUGUAGACUUCCGAUCUAUUCCAAACCUCUACUUUUUUUUUUUUUUUAAAUGCAUGAAUUUGAAAUGCACAUAAAACCAAGUGGAUGUCAAAAUCAUACUUUGUGCCGUGAGAAAAGUAGAAAUCCUCGGCACUACAGUGUAAUUUAGUUGUUUAAAUGCAGGUAAAAUAAGAGAAUCCAAAAUGAGCACCACUUUCAAGCUGAAAAUGACAAAAUGCUUUUCACAUUUUCCAUAUAUAUCCAUUCACUGUAGUGAACUAGUUCAAGAUCAAAUUACAUUGUUUUGAAUCCAAAUGGUCCAUCGCAAAGUAAUAUUAAUUUGAGGGAAUUAAUUUCAGGGAACAAAUUAUUCAAAUUUAAGGGAAUAGAUUACAUAUCUUAAGCAUGAAUUACUGCAUUCAGGGGGGAAAACCGAGGAUACUAAGUGCACUGUAAUUGUAAUUUAAGAUCACACGUGAGUAAUUCAAGGGGGAAAUUAAUAGAAAAAGUAUUCCCUAACAAUUAACCACAGUCUGUAGCCUAGCAUGCCCUAACUAACAUUUGCUGUAAGUGAUCCAGGACCUCUGCUGCCCUCUAGGGGUGAGCAGGAGGAAUUAAAACAACAUUGUCCCUCAAAAACAAAAACAAGCAAAUGACAAGUUUGUUGUAACUGGAGUUUUGGAUCAGAACUCUUCAUAUAUCACGUUUAUCAGGGAACAAACAGGUUUUCUGAGCUUUAAAAUGUAAUAAAUAGGAAUGAAGUUAGAAUCUCAAACUCUCCUUACUGGAAUGAAACUCUUCAGUUCAAACAGACCAGCAGCAGUACUGGAUUAUUUUCUUUUAACACCUCCGGCUGGGAAAAGGUGAAUCCUCAUAAACACCUUCGAGUGUCCCCGAAAUCGCAGGUAGGCGAGCUGCCGCUACUAUUGUAAAUAUCAGAAUCAGAAGUCCUUCAUAUUUUUGCAUGGACAGAUCAAUCAGGGCUCAUACAGUGAUGUCACGACAGGAAUAAAGACUGAAACAGGAAGCAGAAGGUGAAGGCGUUUUACCAGAAACCCUUUAACUCAUUAGAGAGCCGUGGAGAGGUCAAAGGUCGCAGGAAUACGACGUUCAGCCUGUGAAACGUGGUUUGGUUUGAGGUAGAAGCUUUUUGGCCGAGAAUGUUCUAGUUUCAACAUACAAGGAUUUUUGAAAAGAAAAAAAAAGCACUUUCUUCACCGUUUCUUUCUUUUAUCAGCAAAAUGUACGUCCCCAGUAUGUUUUUUUUUUUUUUAAUGGUUUUAAAAAUGUCUUAUUUGAGUUGACGUAAAGUCUUUCAAUUAAAUAAAUAUUUCAACAAUUUUGACAAUAAAAAAAAUGGGAUGUUGGCGUAUUUAUUGUUACGCAGGUUUUAGGAGAUUGUACAAAUGGGUCUGCUUUGUCUUUAGGCCAUUUAUUCAUACUGGAUAGCAUUAUAAUUUAACACUAUACUUAUAUUGAGUUCCCAAAAUGUCCGAAUUUUCUACAAUUUUAGAUUCAGUGUGUGAUCUAAACUGUUAUUUUGAAGACGUAAACAAUCUAGUUUGUUAAAGUUUAGAUGAAGCAGCUACUGUGCUUUUUGAUUCUGAAUCUUUUCAUUUAUUACUUGAUCAAACUAUUUUGGUAACUGAUUUUGAGUCUAUAGUGUGGUCACACUGGAAAAGAAAAUUAAGUAUAUUAAAAAACACUCGCUGAAACCAUUGGUCAAUGAAUCUGUUCGAUCAAGAGAAAAUGUUCCAAAAACUACCAGUAUUUGUUAAUUGAUAAAUAUUUUAGAUCAAUUAAAGAAAAAUGCCAAAUACUCUGGUUCCAGCUUCUCAAAUGUAAUGAUUUGCUGCUUUUCUCUGUUUUGUACUGUAAAUUAAAUAAUUGAUUUUAAACUGUUGAUCGGACAAAACAACACUUUAAAUACUUUUUUCUGACAUUUAACAGACUAGAUGAUUUAAUAAAAAAAAAAAAAAAUGUUGACAUUAAUUGAUGGUGACAUUAAGAGUUAGCUGCAGCCCUGCUUUUAUUCCCGUACAGUGAACCAGUUUACUUACGUCCCUUAUUAAAAUCAUCAAACUGCCUAAAUAUAACUUUUAUUCCAUUCUGUCUUACCUGUAGUGGUAUUUAGCCUCGCAGACAGUUUUGGUUUUUCUUCGCCCAGGUUUGGAGACGUCCGUCUUUGAGAUUUAAAAACUUCAUCAGUCUUUCCAGAAACAGUCUCCUGGUUACAGCUGUCAACAGUUUUUAUAGGAACUAUUGUUUCUUCGAUAGAAAGUAGUUCCAUUUAAUCAUCAUCCAGAGUAACUGGAAUAUUGCUUCUGGAAAGAGAUGUUACUGUUAAAACUGUUAAAUCUUUUAAUUUUUUCAAUGUUUUGAGCACCACAAACAAAACCCCAUUGGAAAUCUCAGACAUAUUUCAGAAUCUGGACCAAUAAAACCGAAACUAUCUGCAAGGCUAAAUACCACUAGAGUGAUGUGAAAACAUGUGUCAUCAAAAUCAACAAAGAUGGAAACACAGGAACUUGUUGAUACAUUUAUUUCCUCCAUGUUAGCACAUAGAAUAUAUUUAUAUACAUAUUGCUAGCUAAAGCUUAAAAAAAAAAGAAAUGUCGGGAGCAUAGAAAAUGUUAAGCCACAAUCAAUAGUUUACAUAUGGACAGAACAGAAGAUGACCUACAGGAGGUGAGAACAAAGGAAACUUUACACUGGUUUUAUUCCAGUUACAAGCACAUAAAUACUCUGCAA